UAAAGGUUAAAAUAAUAUUUAAAUUUAAAUAAAAUGGGAAAAGAGGAAAUUGCACUACCGGAUGAAGAAUUGGACUGGAUUCAAUUGCGUCGUGAUUUCGGCUCAUUUCAUCCAGAAACCACCAAAGAAAAGAUGAUACGCAAAAUCAAAGAGAACCCAGCUGUACCGAUUGGUUGCUUGGCUACCGCUGGCGCAUUAUCCUAUGGACUAUAUAGCUUUCGAAAUGGCAAUCGACGUAUGUCUCAAAUAAUGAUGCGCACACGUAUUGCUGCGCAAGGCUUCACGGUGCUCGCGUUAGUUGCCGGCGUCGUUAUGACGUAUGAUACUAAACAAUAAAGGCGGUCAUGCUGGUGUGGCAGGUACAACCAGUAGCGAAAAGAGACCCAUUUCUUCAAUAACUAUGAAAUGCCAUUUAGCCACUCAUUAGCUUAUUUAAGCAUAUAUUAAUUAGCAUAGUGUAAAAUGAUGUUAUAUGUUUUCAAAAAUUUGUAUUCGGAUAUCUAUAAUAAAAAACUUGAGCAAAAGCCAAAUAAGCGAAAUGUCUAUUGGAAUAUCUGAACUGUAUAGCAUAUGUAGUUAUAAUAAUAUGUCCUCUGCUGUUUUUGUUUUUGUUUAUUAUAUUCACGUAUAUUUACAUAUUUGCUAAUAAUACAAAAUUCUAGUAAUAUAUAUGUACAUGUAUAUUCCUCAAUAAGUAUCUCUAUAUAAAUCUAUUACCACACUCAUUUAACUAAUUAUCAUUUUAAACGUAACUACACUUCAAUAUUUAUUAUCUAAAUUCACACUUUGUUAUAGCAGCGUAUUAUCUGAUCUUUUCAUCACCCAACUUACCCUGUGUCAUAAGUCGUGCAUUUAGAAAGGUUGUUCAAGACAGUUGAAUAGGUGUAGUGUGUUGCUGGAAGAGAAAAACAUCAUUAGGCAUCAUCCAGAUCCAUUGUGGAGCAAGGAUAACUCUUCCAGUCUGCCGAUAGUGUUCAUUCUUCAUUAUUUAUUGGAGAGGGGCAUCUUAUUAGAACAAUAUUGGUAUUGACAAAUUGCCUAUCAAGCUUCAGAGGAUUACCAGUGUUCAGCUAAAGAACUCCUUACUGUUGGUUGAGAUGCUAUUUAAAGCUACGUAGGGGAGUGAUUCGUUCUGCUUUAACCCAACAAAUUGUUCAUAGGUCAUUAAGAGGCGGCCAGAAGUGAGGCGUAUCGCGCUUUGCCAGUGCCAAGUAGUAAAACUAGCGCCAUUUAGUACAAAUUAGCUUAAUAGCUUUGUACAUGGUGAAUAGGAGUCACAAGUAGUCAAGAAAACGAGUACUGCCCGACUCGAGAAUUUUGUUCCUGCUAUGGAAUAUAUUGCUUAUCGCUCUUAUAUGUCCAAAAAGGAGAGGGGAGAGUGGGAGAGAGAGAGUUGGGCUUCUACCCCACCCGCAUUUCCCAACCAACCAAAGAAAUUUAAACUACACAUUUUUGUUUUCUUUUCUCAGCAUUCCUCCAUUAUGAUGAGGAACCCGCAACUUUAUUCACUUUCAAUCGGAAUUCAUUUUAUUUUUUUUUUAUUUUAAUUCUUGUUUUACAUUUGUUUUGUGUUGUUGCCCUUUUACAUGCAUGCCUAUUGGAGUUUUGCUUGUUAUAAGACAUAUUAAGAAUUUGCAACCUCUUAUUUUGGGGGGAGGGAGGAGGAAAGUACAUAUUUGCUUUUACUAUUUCAUGAUUUUAUUAUUGUUUCCAAUUUUAUAAUUUUCUGCUCUUAGGCGCAAAUUUAGACUGAUUUUUGUCAUUCUACACGCGCGCAAUUCGUAAUUUUUUACAUUUUCAUAACUUUUUGUUAUCUUUCAUUGUAUUUUUUUGAAUUAAUUUGCUUAUUGAUUUCUUACUUCCAUUUUGACUUACUUAUGAGAGAUGAUUUUGGUACAUAUUUCAUGAAAUUAAUUGAAAAGUACUUGUAUUAAUGAUUUACAUAAAUUUAAAUUAUUGUAAGUGAAACUAUAACAAAUAAUUAAAUUUAGUUUAAUAGUUGAUACUUUUGAGCCGUAAAGCUUAGUAAAUCGGAGGAAAACUGAGAAAGUGUAAAGAAAUUAAUUAAA